CUCAGAUGAAUUAUACGAUGACGCAAAUACCGCGCCAAAUUUUGGAGAGAGGCGCUUACUUGUUGACAAUUAGGAGCUAGAACGGUACCUAGCGAGCUAUCCAAAAUAAACGGAUAAAAUCACAAUAAUAACCUGUCAUUCACUUCAGUUAAAGGACGCUUGCUAGGGGAAGCAGACAUGGGUUUACUGGAUCAGUGUGAGGAGCUGUUCAAGACGUCAAACCUUUAUGAUGUCAUCGGUGUCACAAAUGAUGCAACGGAGGCAGAGGUUCGACGGGGUUAUUAUAAAGUUUCACUACAAGUCCACCCUGACAGAUCACCAGGUGACGGGCAAGCCACUGCCAAGUUCCAGGCUCUAGGGAAGGUGUAUGCAGUGUUGAGUGACAAAGACCAAAGGGCCAUUUACGAUGAGCAGGGCAUAGUAGACGAGGAGUCCGACUCACUUGACCAAGAUCGUAAUUGGGAAGAGUAUUGGAGAACAAUGUUUCCUAAGAUCACACUUCAAGACAUCCUGAACUUUGAGAAGUCCUACAAGGACUCUGAGGAAGAAAAGCAUGAUCUGAUGCGGGUCUAUGAGGAGCACAAGGGCGACAUGGACAGGAUCAUGGAAAACGUGCUUUGUGCCACCCAGGAGGACGAGCCACGGAUCAGAGCCAUCCUCCAGUGCGCCAUCGACUCCAAGGCGCUGCGGUCUCACAAGGCUUUCACCAACGAGAGUGCUAAGAAGAAAAGCAGCCGCAAACGCAAGGCCGAUAAAGAGCGUAAAGAAGCAGAGGAGAUGCAGAAAGAGAUGGGCCUGGAUAGCGAGGACAGCCUGGUGGCCAUGAUCAAGAAAAAUCAGAAGUCAAAAGAGGCAGGCUUUAACAGUUUGAUGGAUAACCUGGAGGCAAAGUACUGCAAGAAAAGACCGAGCUCCUCCUCAGGAAGAAAGGGAAAGAAGUGACUCUUUUUCUAACUCACCUCUGCGCUGUUGCUGACAGUCAUCUGUUUUCAUUAUAUGUUAUGAUUAAAAGUUGAUCCUGCGCAAAGACA